AUGUCUACCGAUAAGAUUACCUUUUUGACCAACUGGCAUGCGACCCCGUACCAUGCCCCUGUCUACCUCGCUCAGCAUAAGGGCUAUUUCAAGGAGGAAGGAAUCAAAGUCGCCUUACUGGAACCUAAUGACCCGUCUGACGUGACGGAGAUCAUCGGCAGCGGCAAGGUCGACAUGGGAUUGAAAGCCAUGAUCCACACUCUGGCUGCCAAAGCACGUGACUUCCCAGUCACCUCGAUCGCCUCUCUUCUCGAUGAGCCUUUCACCGGAGUGGUGUAUCUCAAAGACAGCGGCAUAACCACAGACUUCCAGACUCUUAAGGGCAAGCGCAUCGGAUACGUUGGAGAAUUUGGAAAGAUCCAAAUUGACGAACUCACCAAGUACUACGGCAUGACUCCGGAUGACUACACCGCUGUGCGUUGCGGCAUGAACGUCUCCAAGGCCAUCAUUGAGGGCAAAAUUGACGCCGGCAUUGGCCUAGAGAACGUUCAGAUGGUUGAGCUAGAGGAGUGGCUGGCAUCUCAGGGUCGUCCCCGUGAUGAUGUUCAGAUGCUUCGUAUCGAUCAGCUCGCUGAACUGGGGUGUUGCUGUUUCUGCUCAAUUCUAUACAUCGCCAACGACAGCUUCCUGGCUGCAAACACCGAAAAGGUGAAGAAGUUCCUCCGCGCCGUUAAACGGGCUACGGACUUUGUCAUCGCCGACCCUAAGCAGGCGUACAAAGAAUACGUUGAUUUCAAACCUAUUAUGGGCACUGAACUCAAUCGCAAGAUUUUUGAGCGAUCCUUCGCUUAUUUCAGCCGUGACUUGAAGAACGUUCCUCGUGACUGGGCGAAGGUUACUGGCUAUGGAAAACGACUUGGUAUUCUGGAUGCAUCCUUCCAGCCAAACUACACGAACGACUUGCUCUCCUGGACCCUCGACGCAGAUUCCACUGACCCGCUAGGCGACCAGAAGCGGAUGGCCGAGCUCCAGAAGAAGGUUGCCAAAGAAGGCGGUUUCCAACGCCUUAAGGCCGCUGUCAGUGCCUAA